AUGUCCACUCGGUCCAACGACGUCUCCCAAACAAGCGGCUUGGCAUCCGGCUUAUGUAUUGCUCUUGCCAUCAUCAUAGGACUCACAGUAUACGUGCUGAGAGGAAGGAUAUUCUCAUUCGGCGCCAACACAGCUGGCAUGCCGCAACGACGCUCCGAUACGCUGACACUCGAGGCUCUGGCUCUGUUGCCAAUACAUAUCCAUGACGCCCCCGAGCAGUCGAAAACAUCACCCGUGAGCAGCGUUGCGUCGGACCCAAACGACAGAUGCUGCUCCAUCUGCACUGAGCCGUUCAUGGACGGGGUCCAGCUGCGCAAGCUUCCUUGCGGGCAUCAAUUUGAUAGGGGAUGCAUCGACCCGUGGCUGCUGAAGCGUUCUGCCACUUGUCCGCUCUGUCAGCCGUCAGAAAGUCACCACGAGACCCCUGAAGCUUCACGAAAGAUUGCCCGUGUCGCCUCGGCCAACCUUUUUCCCACCCAGCAGGUGGAAGAUGAAUAG